AUGCCUUACACGAGCACAGCGGCGUACGUCGGAGUUGAGCUGGAUGAUAUCGAGCCAGCAAGUGGGCAACCCACAGACGAUAAUGUCGAUCAAUCCUCAUUGAAAACACUCCUGGAUUCCAAGAACCAGAGAGGAAUUUACACGCCUGUUUCCGACAGUCUUCAAGGAACAAAACAUCGCCUCUCUACCCAAUACUUAUGGCGAUUCAUUCGAUUUCAUACGACGACUUUCUUUACCGAAGGCUUCAGAGAGCUGGGAGCAGCCAAUUCUCGACACCAUGCUUACCAGUGUUGUAUUCUCUUGUGGCCAUUACUGUUCGUCGGCGGCUUGUUGUCUAUACUUCCAGUCAUUACCUCAAAAAAGCGAUAUCGAGAUGCGGACGCGUGCCAACCGGACUCUGGAUUCUCGGUCGGCUACGGCACUUAUAACAUCUGGGCCCUUUCGGGGUUUUUCCAGAUAACACUGGGUUUCGGUCGACUAUCCUUUUCCGCGGCCAAAGCUCUGACUGUCUCUUGGGAUAUCAUCCUCGGACGUGGCGGUCAGGCGCUCAUGGUCUGGAUUUCAUACAUUGUGUACUCCAAAGCACUCGUUCGAUCGAUGGAGUCAUCGCCCGUGACGUAUGGCACUUUUGAGGCAGUCACCUUACAGAGUGGUAGUCUGGUCUCCCUGCUCAAACUCACUCGCGACUUUGCCACGAAUCGAACUCUUCAGGCAAGGUUCGCCAUGGUAUGGAUGAUUAUAUCAGGCAUUUUUGUGCUCUCGUUCCAAACCUUGAUCAGCGCCAUGGCCGGAUACACUGCCAACAUUGACGCAUAUGUUCAACUCCCAUCCGGCAGCAUGGAGCCUUAUUCGUCCUUCAGCACAGUGCGGUACAUCAUUCACGACGCGCAUCGCAUUAAUGGCAGUCUGACGAAGGAUUUCAUGGUCAGAACGAGUCGUUCCGACUGGGGCGACACUGUGCACUUGGGAUAUGGUGACGCCGAUGCUUGUGAGCUUUCGUGGUACCCGCGUGAAACGACCAACAGUACCGACAACAGUACCGUUCCAGAUUGGCAAGAUGCUGCUGACCCGUGGGGGUUAUGCGACUUUUACUGGCAUGUUUCCGAAUACGGCUUCAAAUAUGGCUUUCUGGGCAUGAACAAUGUCAGCUCGGAAUUCAACAAUAGCGGAAAAUUGGUCCAUCUCGACCCACCGACUCUGAAUAUUAGUGCAAUCUUCUGGAACGAGGAGUGGCUCGACAGCAUGAACGAGACGAAGUGGUACUACUGGCCCUAUGGAUUCAACUGGCGAACUCCUUCUGGCGACUAUCCCUUUCAUAACACGAGCACAUCUCCUAUAUUCAGUGAUGGUGAAUACAGCUAUGACCUGGAAGAGCUGAACUUGCACGGGAAGUGCCAGCAACUCGACACAAGUUACAAGUGGGGCUUCUCGUUCCUGGUGCUGUUCAUCGUCAUCCUUACUUUUAGCGUCUGGUGUCUCGGCAUGUAUAUUCUUUGGCUAGACGCGUGGUUAAAUUCACGUUUUGACCGAGCAGGACGAACCAUGGGCCUUCAUCGCGCUGUUCUGGAUCUGGCCACCUGCAUCAAUCAAGAUAUUGACGAGGAUGGCAGGGAUACCAUGUCCAAUAAGGACUUGCACGAUAAAAUCCGCAAAGUGCUCAAGGGUGGACAAAUUACCUAUGCAAUGCUGGACGAAAAGUGGCUCCCUAUUAGUCGUGGUGCAAGUCUUCGGCUGUGGUGGCUCGACAAGAAAAGAGAAUGGCCUGCGAAAAGAGAGGCGAAAAGAGAGGCGUUGAGACGACUUUGGCCCAAGACAACGAAGCUGUGGCGCGAGACGAACAAGAAGGAUUUUCUGAAGCACUGGGUCCCAGCACACAAAUACACUCUGCCGUUGUUUCUUUGUUCCCUGGGAUUCUUAAGUGCUGCCCUGGCGGGGACACAUGCUCCUUUAUUGACGGCGGUAGUGACACUGGUGGGAUCAUCGACGGCGUUGUUUCUGGACCAAGCGCCCAAAGGCAAAUGGAUUAUUUUCUUGUUUUGUGCCGCACUGGCGGCUGCUUUGAUCCCAGCCGGGCCCUUCGUUUACUUGGACCAACAUCACUAUACGGUUUUAUGGGGGAUAAAUCGUGACCCUUACUACGCAAUCUCGUGGUGGUACAACCACUAA